AUGGAUCAGGCGUAUCGCAUCGGGGUCGAUGUUGGGGGAACAAACACGGACGCAGUCCUCAUUUCCCUGAACCCCGUCUCCAUUAUCGCCUCUCACAAGAGCCCAACCACCCCGGACGUGACGACCGGCAUCACCAACGCCGUCCAAGCAGUAAUCAAAACCUCAAAUAUCUCUCUAUCCUCAAUCGGCUGCGUCAUCGUCGGAACAACACACUUCGUCAAUGCCGUCGUGCAGCGCUCACCUGCCCUGCGCCGCGUCGCGGUUAUCCGACUUUGUGGAGGAUCCGAAGAAGGCUUCGGGCGAGGGAUCCCUCCGUUCAUCGACUUCCCCGCCGAUCUGCGCGCUUGUAUCGAGUCGCCGAAGGUGUACUUUUGCAAUGGAGGAUAUCAGAUUUCUGGAACGGAGAUCAGUCCUCUGGACGUGAAAGAGAUUGAGUCUGUGGCGGAGGAGCUUGUCGUGAAUAAUAUUUCCAAUGUCGUCAUAUCGGGCAUGUAUGCGCCAUUGAAUCAUCGACAGGAGGAGAAAGCGAAGUCCAUUCUGCUACAAUGGAUGAGAAAGCAUGGCCAUCCGAGAUUCAAGCCGAGAAUAACAUUGUCGCACGAAGUCUCUGGGUUGGGCUUCCUCGCGCGCGAGAACGCUGCUAUACUAAACGCUACACUGCGCCCCUUGGCUGAGCGAACUAUCUUCGGGUUUCAGCAGAGCAUGACGCAAAUAUUUCAAGAGAACCCAUAUACACUAUACCUCUCCCAGAACGACGGCAGUGUCUUCAGUGCAUCGGAGGCCGUGGAACUACCCAUUCGAACAUUCAACUCGGGACCAACGAACUCCAUUCGAGGCGGAGAGCUACUUUGGCAAGCGGCUGCUGAGGCGGAUGGUGAGCAGUACGGUGAACGGACUGAGCCGCUGGUGGUAAUUGAUAUCGGUGGUACAACGUCUGAUAGUGGACUGUUGCUUCCUAAUGGGCUCCCGCGGAUGAGCUCUGUGAUGAGUGUUGUUGGGGGCGUGCGUACCAACUUUGCUCUUCCUGCUGUUGAAAGUAUUGGUUUGGGUGGCGGCUCUAUUGUCCGCGUUGCGGAGGAUGGUGCAGUUUCUGUCGGACCGGAUAGUGUCGCUCUCGAACUUCUUGAGAAGGCGAGGCUGUUUGGAGGAGAAUAUCUCACUUCAACGGAUAUAGUCGCUGCGUCCGAGAUGCAUUCUCCAACAGGCCGUAAUCCAUUUGCAAGAAUGGGUCAGGUCGAGAGGCUGUCAGACGUGACAAAAGAUACGAUUCAAAAGGCACAGCUCGUGAUGAGAGAGAAAAUCGAAGAACUUGUCGAUCGAACAAAGAUUCAGAAAGGCGAUGUGGACGUCCUCAUAGUUGGUGGCGGAACACCUCUCAUUCGAACCGACAAGCCUCUGUCAGGCGUGCGUCUCGUACGAACAGUCAAGGGUGGAGAAGUCGCUAAUGCCGUUGGCGCUGCCGUGUCGCGAGUCUCGGGGGUGAUUGAUACUGUUGUCGAUACCUCCAAUCGGACGGUGAAAGAAGCUCAGGAGGAAGUCUGUCGACUUGCAAUUGAGAAAGCCAUUGAAAAUGGAGCCAAGUCUGGGACUGUGCAGAUCGCUGAGGUAACAAUGCUUCCGAUUCAGUAUGUGGAGGCAAAAGCGCGAAUCUUAAUCAGGGCUAUUGGGCAGCUGGAUGUGGUGUUGCAGCAUUCGGCCCAGAACCCGAUUGAAGAGUUCGGGCAAGAAGAAGAGCCGGAAACCGCCAAAAGAAAUUCUGAUGCGGGAUUCAAUAUCAAGGAAAACGUGGACGUCCAAAAGUAUCGCCCCGAGAUCAAAGACAAGCAAUGGAUUAUUUCCCCAACUGAUCUUGCCUUCAUUGCACAUGGAUGCAAGGUCCUUGGAUGCGGCGGCGGCGGAGAUCCAUACCAAGAAUACCUCAAGGCCAAAGCAACCCUCCAACAAAACCCAGGCAAAUUGAAGGUCGUAUCACCCGACUACCUACCAGACGAUUCCCUGGUAGGCUGGACAGGAUGCAUGGGCAGUCCAGAAGUGAGCAUGGAGCGACUCGAGAACAACGAAUGUCUCAAAGCGCACGACGAGCUGAUGCGAGUCAUGCAAAGCCCACCCGUUUCCGGCUUCCUGUCACUCGAAAUCGGCGGCGGGAACGGCGUGCUCAACCUGAGCGUCUCCGCAAACUACGGAGUCCCCUGCGUCGAUGCGGAUUAUAUGGGACGCGCAUACCCGACGACCUGGCAGGUCACGCCGAACGCGUAUGGCUCGUCGAAUGGCGAUGCGCUGGUUCCGAAUACCAUUGCGAGUGGAGAUGGGUCGUUUAUCACGAUGACUCGGUCGAGGACGGACCGGUUGGUGGAUAAGGCUCUUCGAGCUGCGUGCGUGGAGAUGGGAUGUCGGGCUGGGAGUGCUGGGCCACCUAAGAAAGCCAAGACGGUGAGGAAACAGGCGGUGGCUAAUACCGUUUCUCUGGCGUGGUGGAUUGGACGGGCUGUGGCCUUGGAGAAGACGAUUGCAGAUAAGACACAGCGCAUUAUUGACGAAGUCGGUGGUCCAGAGAGCGCGGCGAUUCUUGGACAGGGGAAAAUCACCAGUGUCGAGCGGGUUCUGAAGACGGGUCAUACGUAUGGUGUUCUUGAAGUGGAAGGCACCACGAGCGAUGGAGCGAAGGUGUUGAUCAAGGUUCUAUUCAAGAAUGAGAAUGCCUUCGUUGAAGCGGUGGUCGACGGCGAGUCGAAGAUCUUGGCUUCUGUGCCGGACUUGAUUGCUGUUAUUGAUGCAGAGACUGGGGCCGGUCUCGGGACCCCGGAGUAUAAGUUUGGGCUCAAGGUUGUCAUCAUUGCCAUCGCCGCAUCGCCGCACUGGACUGAUAGCGAGAGAGGAAUGGAGCUGGGAGGACCGGGCUCGAUGGGAUUCGAUGAGGUUGAGUACGUUCCGAUUGGAAAGUACAGCAAGCCUCGGAGCGUCAUUGAUGUUUUUGGUUGA